AAAUGAAAGUGGGUCCGAUCCUAUUAUCUUUUCAUACCUAUCCAAACAAGUAUUCUUGAAUCUGAAGUCUUUCACAGAAGAAAUUAUAUAAGAGGAAGAAACUCAAGUUUUUACAAGCAGAGGAAGAAGAAAAAGAUGGAAGGUCAGGUAGAUGAAGAGCAGCUAAACACAUCUAGGGUUAUAAAGGUUGAAACUUUGGAGACAUGGGAAUCGUCUGUUAUAAGAGGCAGCCCAGUUGUUGCGCACUUUACAGCUUCAUGGUGUGUGCCUUCUGUUGCUAUGAGCCCAUUCUUUGAAGAAUUGGCCUCAAGCUAUUUAAAUGUUCAGUUUCUCACUGUUGAUGUGGAUGAUGUUCAGGAGGUGGCGGCUCGGCUUGGUGUAACGGCUAUGCCAACUUUUUUGGUGAUGAAGGAAGGUAAACAGGUUGACAAGAUUGUGGGUGCUAAUCCUGAAGUGAUAAGGAAAAGGAUCGAUGGACAUGUUCAGUCCAUACGUAUGUAUUCAACAUAGCACUAGUAUAUACAGUGGGAUAUUAUACGUGAUCUCAACUUGUGGAAUAAGUGGUUAUUAUGGUUGUGCACAGAUAGUAGGCAUGGAUGAUAAGUUCUUCUUUGGUUGCUGUAACAUCUGGUGCUUUGUACUUUUCUACUGAUCGAUCAUGCUCUUGAAUUUCAUCUUAGACUUUAGAAUUGUAAUUGCUUCUUGUAAAUUCAGUAAUAUGGUAAGAAAGUUAUGAUUUGAUUUUCAA